CCCCGCCCUGCCGCCCGCCAGAGCCGUGAAGCAGAGCAGCAGUAGCAGCAACAGCAGCUUCGCUUGCUUCGUGUCAGUAAUCAUUCUUUUUUAUCAAUGAAAACAAUCGCCUGAGCGUGGUGUCGUUCGACCGAGGAGAACUUAUUAGGCGGAUACGUUGUGCCCGCGUCUACGUAGUACACAGCGGUCCCAGCAGUGACUUCGCGGGGAGUUAACCUUAAAAAGAGAAGUGGCGGUCGUCGGUGGUGUCGCGACAGAGAGAGGAUCUGUUGAUCGCGCGCGUCGUCGCCGUCGUCGUCGUCGUCGUCGUCGACGAGUGCCGUUUCUUUCGUUCCGUUUCACGACACGGUGUAUCGGGGACGGAGACGGUGUGAAAAGGAAAGUGCAUCGUCAUCGAUGUGAGCAGACCGAAAGAAGAGGAUAGGGAAGAAGGCCCGCCGUUGCAGGAGAGAAAGAGAGAGCGAGAGAGAGAUAGAGAGAGAGAGAGAGAGAGAGCGAACGAGUGAUAGAGAGAGGAGCCGUUCGUGGGACAUAGAGGCCGUUACGUCGAGCCGGGAAUUUUGGCAAGCGUCGCUCCGUUAGGGAGCUCCAGGGGUGGCAACGGUCUCGCUAGGAGGUGUCGAAGCUGGCGCGAGGGGCGGGAGAGUCAGCGGUGGCCUGACUCUGGUUCCGGUGGUAGCGGCGGAAACGGAAGCCGUGCAAGAAGCAGCAGCAGAUCUGAGGGAAGCAUCAGGCCCGAAAAGAGAAGAGACCGGCGAAGCCAGUUGGAGAGGGAGACUCGAUAUUCUUCUUCUCGUUCUUCUUCUUCUACCUAUUCCUGUUCCCGGUGGUGGAAAACUCGACGAACUGCGUUGCCCGUCGAAAGAAGCGUCGACGGCGUGACACUGGGCCCCAGCUACCUUCCAAGCUCGAAGGCGAACGAGAUAGAAGCCGCGAGACCCUCGAGAACCACGUUUUAAGGCUCGCCGGGGGUUCAACCACCUCCACCUCCUCACGAGACACCCUCUACCGCCCUUGACGGGUGUCCCCGUGACCGACGUAUCGCUAGACAGACAUCAUGAGCGAGCUCGAAACCCUUCGCCAGGAGGCGGAAACUCUCAAGAAUGCUGUUCGAGAUGCCCGGAAAGCAGCAUGCGACACGACGUUGGUGCAGGCCACGUCGAACAUGGACCCGAUCGGACGGAUACAGAUGCGUACGAGACGCACGCUGCGCGGUCACUUAGCCAAGAUUUACGCGAUGCACUGGGGCAGCGACUCAAGCUUGGUUAACAGAAAUUUAGUAUCGGCGUCGCAAGACGGCAAGCUAAUCGUAUGGGACAGUUACACCACGAACAAAGUCCAUGCGAUCCCCCUGCGAUCCUCGUGGGUGAUGACCUGUGCGUACGCUCCGUCAGGCAGCUACGUGGCCUGCGGUGGCCUGGACAACAUUUGUUCCAUCUAUAGUCUGAAAACGAGAGAAGGAAACGUGAGAGUUAGCAGAGAGCUGCCGGGACACACCGGGUACUUGUCCUGCUGUCGAUUCUACGACGACAGCCAGAUCGUAACCAGUUCCGGGGACAUGACUUGUUCCCUGUGGGACAUAGAGACUGGACAUCAGUGCACCUCGUUUAUCGGACACACGGGAGACGUGAUGUCCCUCUCGUUGGCACCGGACACCCGCACAUUCGUAUCCGGUGCGUGCGACGCCAGUGCAAAACUCUGGGAUAUUCGCGAGGGAUCGUGCAAGCAGACUUUCCCGGGUCACGAGAGUGACAUCAACGCUGUCACGUUCUUCCCGAAUGGAUACGCUUUCGCGACGGGUUCGGACGACGCGAGUUGCAGACUGUUCGACAUCAGGGCGGAUCAACAACUGUCCAUCUACAGCCACGACAGUAUUAUCUGCGGUAUCACGAGUGUAGCGUUCAGCAAGAGCGGUAGAUUAUUGCUGGCCGGCUACGACGACUUCAACUGCAACGUCUGGGAUUCGAUGAAGGUUGAACGAGCCGGAAUCCUGGCGGGCCACGACAAUCGCGUGUCCUGCCUAGGCGUAACGGAGGACGGCAUGGCGGUGGCGACGGGCUCCUGGGACUCGUUCCUUCGUAUUUGGAACUAACUUGGGGUUCUCCCCAAGUCGUUCCUCCAAAGAACCAACUGCAACCAAUCAGCGUACAGUAUAAGCAUUAAGUACCACCACCUGACCACCGAAGUCGGCGUGUCCGUAUCCUCGAUGGAGGCGAGCUACUCGCCCGGUUCACCGGAGUUGACGUUGAUCAGAAAGUUUGGACCACCGACAGACACCAGCAACAGCAGUAGCAGCAACAGCAGCAGCAGCAAAAAGCCGAGCAAGAGCAAGUGCAAGAGCAAAGGUGACAAAAAAAGCGUUGGCACGAUGGGCCACGAGGCCGGGAACAGUAGCAGCAGCGGGAACAACACCACCAGCAGCAGCGGUAGCAGCGAGUUCAAGAGCGUUUUGGGUUGUGGUGGCAAAAAGGACUACCGGAGAAGCGUCGUCGACUUGACCUGGCGACGCGGCAAAGUCGGCGAUAAGAUCACUCGUGAAUAUCAACGCUUCUAAGCACGAGAACUGUCGUUCGGACGUAAUUAUUCUUAUCCAAUGACGAUCGAGAUUGAGAGUGAGAGAGAGAGAGAGAGAGAGAACGAAAGAGAGAGAGAGAGAGAGAGAAAGAAUAAGAGAAAAAGAGAGCGAGAGAGAGAGAGAGUGAGAGAGUGAGAAGCGUGAAAGCCAUAAAACGGCAGAACGGAGAGCAGCACCAAGGCAAACAGAGCCAAAUCCUCUCCGACACGCCGCGCGCACACUUCGUUCUUCUCCGACUCCCACACACGUUUCUCGACGAUACUCGAAGAGCACGUGCUGUUACCAUAACUCCGAUAGCUUCUCCUCGAAGAUCUUCCCGCUCGAAGGUUUCUCGGACCCGGACGAUCACCGAUAAUCAUCGCUGCCACCUUCGGUGCUCGUCCGGCAAAUGGAAGGGGCGUUUCAUUUCGAGGAAAACAAUAAAAUGGGUCCCGAGAGCGUAUUCACUGCCGACGAAGCGCCGACAUAAGGCUGCUCCUACGGCGGUUGAUGAUUUUCAUACGUUUCUUCUCGACACGCACGAAAGCAGGAGUCGUACCAGGCAAGACUCGAUGAAAGAACGAAAACACGGUCGCUCGUGCGCGGCACAAAAGCAAACACGAUCAUGAGAAUUCUAUAUACAUAUUUGCAUAUAUAUAUAUGUGUAUAAUAUGUUAUAUAUGUGUAUGCAUAUGUAUGUAUGUAGAUACACAUAUAUGUAUCUAUAUAUGCAUAUAUACAUGUAUGUAUAAUGCAUACGCGUGGCGCACACACAAAAACAUGACGUAUGUCGACGACGAGCAGUCAGGGUUACGAUAAUCUCGCAUAUUGCAUUCAAAUCUACACGCACACACCGUACGCACGUGUAUUAAAGAUACGUACAUAGGGAACUCCAUCACAUACAUUUGCACACGAAGGCGCAAACGAAAGGCAUCUGACACGAACGCACGUGACGACGUGCGGGUCGAACGCACACGUAAACACACACAAACAUCUCCAAUCAUGUUAAUCUGAUUUUCUUGUACGGCCGA